CAAUCGAUCAACUAUCUGAAAUACUUGGUGAUAGUCAAUGGGCAGAAAGAAAUUAUGGAAAUGGUAAUAAGGCAGAACAUCGUUGUGAAAGUGGAGAAGUAACAUUUAGAUUUGUAGUUGAUCAAGGUCA